AUGGCAACUGCACCAAAAUAUGAAUUGAAAGGAAACCUCCGAAUGCGUGAUGAACCUGAUCCAGAAGUUGAAGCAAGACCACAAAAAAUACCGAAAACUGUGAUGGUAACUGGAGCGAAUCGGGGAAUCGGAUUGGGUCUAGUUCAACAUUUUCUGGAAUACGAUGGGAUUGAACUUCUCAUUGCCACGUGUAGAAAUCCAGAGAAGGCGGAUGAAUUGAAUAAAUUGAAAGAUGAUAAAAGACUUCAUAUAAUUGCAUUGGAUGUGGAUGAUGAUGACUCAAUUAAGAAGGUAUUCGAUGAAGUUUCUUCGUUGGUUUCAUCAAAUGGACUGAAUGUUUUAAUCAAUAAUGCUGGAAUACUACUCCCCUAUGAAGUCGACGGACCGAUGAUCUGUCGAAAGACAAUGUUGAAACAAUUAGAGACAAAUUCUGUUUCAGUGGCAAUCGUCACUCAAACAUUUCUUCCUCUUUUAAAGAUUGCAUCAAGUCUGGAAGAGGGUGAAGAGGUUCGAAUUGAUCGAGCAGCAAUCAUUAACAUCUCUUCAACAAUGGCUUCAAUUGCGAAGAAUGAUGGAUGCUUCUCGGGGCCAAUGACAGCGUACCGAAUGAGUAAAUCAGCUCUCAACUCUUUCUCUCGUCAAUCAUUCAUGGAACUCUCAAAAUAUCAUAUUCUCGUCACUUCGUUCUGUCCUGGAUGGGUUCGUACUGAUAUGGGUGGUGAGAAUGCAGAUCUUGAUGUGAAUGAAUCGACACGUACUCUUUCUGCAAACAUUCUUCGCCUCGAUUCUCGAAAUAAUGGACUUUAUUUCGACAGAUUCUUGCAUCCAAUUCCAAAUUAA